CCCGGAGCUGAGGUGGACCAGACGCUUUUGCAGUGCUGUUGCUACCCAUUCGGCCUCGGCCUCCUUAGAGUCUCCAGCAUAUUGAAUAGCUAUGGAGGACUACACAAAAAUAGAGAAAAUUGGGGAAGGUACCUAUGGUGUUGUAUAUAAGGGUCGACAUAAAACUACAGGCCAGGUGGUAGCCAUGAAGAAAAUCAGAUUAGAGAGUGAAGAAGAGGGUGUUCCAAGUACUGCAAUUCGAGAAAUUUCUCUGUUAAAAGAACUUCGUCAUCCUAACAUUGUCAGCCUUCAAGAUGUACUCAUGCAAGAUGCUAGACUAUACCUCAUUUUUGAAUUCCUUUCCAUGGAUCUCAAGAAGUAUUUGGAUUCUAUCCCUCCUGGCCAGUAUAUGGAUUCUUCCCUUGUUAAAAGUUAUUUGUACCAAAUCUUACAAGGCAUUGUCUUUUGUCACUCACGAAGAGUUCUUCACAGAGAUUUGAAGCCUCAAAAUUUGUUAAUAGAUGAUAAAGGUGUAAUUAAGCUAGCCGACUUUGGACUUGCACGGGCCUUUGGAAUACCUAUAAGGGUAUAUACACACGAGGUGGUGACGCUGUGGUACCGCUCUCCAGAGGUGCUGCUCGGCUCGGCCAGGUACUCCACUCCGGUGGACAUCUGGAGCAUCGGCACCAUCUUCGCCGAGCUGGCCACCAAGAAGCCGCUGUUCCACGGAGACUCCGAGAUCGACCAGCUCUUCCGCAUCUUCAGGGCUUUGGGGACUCCCAAUAAUGAAGUGUGGCCGGAAGUGGAGUCACUGCAGGACUACAAGAACACGUUCCCCAAGUGGAAACCAGGCAGUCUGACGUCACACGUCAAGAACCUGGACGAGAACGGCAUCGACUUGCUCUCUAAAAUGUUGGUCUAUGAUCCUGCCAAGCGAAUUUCUGGCAAAAUGGCAUUGAACCAUCCAUAUUUUAAUGACCUGGACAGUCAGAUUAAGAAGCUCUAGUUGUCCAGCCAAGCGAUUCCAGGGGUUUUGUAUCAAGAAUGGAUAGUCCUCUUGUAAUGUUAAAUUCUGUCAACAUGUGUCUUUAUAUAUGUGUUUCCUUUCUUUGUUGUAAAAUUGAAGCUGUCCUCUGUUUUUCCAGGGUGUUGCUUAAAACUGUAAAUAUCAUUAUAAUGAAUAAUGCUCUAUGUAGAUCUCAUCGGUAUAGCUGUUUUGUUUUCUAUAAAUAAAACUGUAAAUCCAGCAUUGAUGUGCAGGGCUUGGGGGAAGUUGGAGCUACUUUUAAAACAAUAUUCUCCUUGAGUUCUUGCAUGUUUGAGAUGUUAUUUAGGAGCAUAAAUCAGACUCAAUUUUAUUAUGUUAUAAAGUAUCUUAAAACCCUUCCUUGGGUAUUGUAUGUUGAAAUUGGAUUCCUAUUGCCUACAACAAUGUGAAAUUUAAAUUUGUCUCCGCAUCAAAACCAACCACAGUGAAGGGGAAAUAGGGUAUGGACUUCAAAUUAUAU